AUGGCAGACCAAGAUAUCUACCUCGCUGUUCUAAAAGCUUCAUACGACUAUGACCCACAGCCCGACGCCGAGGAGGAGCUAGCCGUCAAGGAAGGCCAGAUUCUCCUCCUCCUUGAGCGCGUAGACGACGACUGGUGGAAAGUCAAGGUCAAGCUUGAGUCACAGGACGAAGACGGGCCUUUCGGUCUGGUUCCUGCAGCCUACGUGGAGCCGGCCGAGCACAUCUCCACCGUGAAAGUCCUAUACGACUACGAAGCCAGUCAGUCCACCGAACUUGAUGUGAAGGAGGACGACUUGUUGUACGUCUACGACAAGGACGACGCAUGGUUGCUCGUGCGGAAACAGUCGGACGAUUCCCGGGUCGGCUAUGUGCCAGAGAAUUACGUCGAAGAGGCAGUUGAGGAGGGCACGCUUGAGGCCGCGGUCCCUACUCCCUCUGUCGUAUCGCAGAUUGUUGUACCCGACUCGCCUCCCCGCCCAUCUCGACCAGUGAGCACUUAUGUGGACCCCGCUGAGCGUGUCGCGGGCGCCAAAGCGCAGGCCGAUGAUAUCAAGACAUGGACCAUCUCCGAGGUUGACAAGAAGGGCAAAAAGAAGAAGGGAACGCUCGGCGUUGGGAAUGGUGCGGUAUUCUUCGCAAGCGAGUCGGACAAGACACCGGUGCAGAAAUGGCAGACCUCUGAUAUCCAGAAUGUGCGACUAGAGAAAUCGAAACACGUUCACAUCGAUAUCGGAGGAUCCGAGCCCAUCAACUUGCACUUCCACGCCGGUGCCAAGGACGUCGCUGAAGCAAUCAUGGCGAAGCUCGAGUCCUCGCGCUCACUCUCUGAUCCGGGACUGAUUGCUCCUGCGGCCAUGACUCAAGUCGAUGAACCAGUUCCACGGCGCAAUAGCCCUCAGAAAGCCGUUCAUUUUGAUUCUGCCGAGCCGGAAAUUAUACCUCCGAGAGAAGCUGAGGACGAAGAGCCGGAGGAGGAAGCCGAGCCUGAAGGAGAAGCGGCAGUAGCGCUAUAUGAUUUCAGUGCAGAUGGCGAGGACGAACUGACUGUGCAAGAAGGAGAGCCACUUCUCGUGCUGGAGAGGGAUGGCGAUGAGUGGUGGAAAUGUCGGAAUGCUGCGGGCGGUGAAGGUGUCGUACCUGCUAGCUACGUUGAGGUGAGGCCAUAUUGCAUAAUUUCGUCUUCUCAACUGAAUUUCUGCAGCUGGUGA